ACGGAACACAGCCUUCCAUAUCAGACUCGGUACAUCCAGACCUUCAAGUAUGCCCUCCACGAAGAUACUUGAUCACAUCGUGCACAUCACGCUCCCGGGGACGGGCGAAGAAGUGUCGGAGCACUACAGGAAGCUCGGCUUCAACAUCAUUCCUGGCGGUGUCCACGCUGGCGGCCUCACCGCCAACGCGCUCGUGAUCCUCCCAGACGGCGCGUACAUUGAGCUCAUCUGGUUCGUGCACCCCGCGUCCUACUACGAGCCAGGCACGCCCGCGCGCUUAGCUCGAGACGCGCACCAGUGGGCGAACAAGCCCUCGGGGUGGGUCUCGUACUCCUUCCUCGGCGUUCCACCCGCCGACGGACCCCUCUCCACAUUCAUCAACGCGCGCGCGGAGCGCGAGCACAGCGGCGUGGAGUAUGUGCUGGAGGUGGACGGCGGGCGGACGCGCGGCGACGGGGCGGUGCUAGAGUGGCGGCUAACGUCGCCACGCGAGUGGUGGGACGCGGUCGGGGGGAGCAGGCUGCCGUUCUUCUGCCAGGACCUGACGCCGCGCAGUCUGAGGGUCCCUGUGGAUCCCAAGUCGUACCGGGAGCAUGCCAAUGGGAGCAGCAGCGUCGCGUAUUUGCGCCUCCUCGUCCCGCCUGCGUCGUUCGAGCAGCUCUCGAAGGAGCUCGCGACCGUCGUCGGCGACUCGCCCGUUGCGGUGACGCCGACGGAGCGGUAUUGGGUGCUCGAGACGGUUCCUGACGCCGGUGCGUCUGGACAGGUCUCGCAUCCCCGCCUCGUGAUUAGCACGCCAACGGCGGGCGCCGAGGAGGAAGAGGAGUUCGUGAGGGUUCGCGGCGCAGGGAUCUAUGAGAUUGGGUUCAGAGGGCCAGGAGAAGGGGGUGUGAGUGUGGAGGGUAUCUUUGGGCGCGUCAACUUGGGACAGGAAUGAGUCCCCGGGACUGCUAGAUCCACAGAAUGAAUGGGGUUUGAAUCAUGCUAGGAUGUCUUGUUGUUAUUCUUACUUCCUUGAGAUGGUACGUCUGGGGAGCUGGGAGCUUCUCUAGAUAAAAAAAAGCAUACGAUCAUCGGA